AUGCCUGCUAAAACGCCCGCAGAACUUCCUGACAAGUGGUGCACCGUACAUACGACGCAGCGACGACCGAGACACGCGGCGAGACAACGGAUCCUCGACCACAAUAACGUGCUUAUUCGGGCCGUUGAAAACAGUCAGACGGAAACUAUUCGGAAAUUCUGCGCGUUUGUGAUGAAUGACUCUCUUCCUCUUCGAUGCUCCGUUAGAGCAGCUUACGUUAAAGCAGCAGAGGAGAGCCAGGAGAAGAUAUUGGAAACAUUCUUGCAAAAUGCCAGGGAGUAUGUCGAUGUCCGAGAUCUUAUACGCGAAAACUAUCCUCUUCGCCUUGUUAACGUCCAACUCGCCCUGAAAUAUGGGCUCGAUCUGAGCGACCCCGAACCCAUCAUGACCGCGAUGGAAGCCGACGAUAUAGAGGUGCCACGCUUGCUUCUCAGCAAAGGCGCGAAUCCAGAGCACAGGAAAGAAAUUGGAACUCCAGUUGCUUACUUCGCUGCAAAACGCCUGUGGUAUAACCAAGUCGGUGGCGAAACGUGCAAUGUGUUCCUUGAGGAGCUUUGCGAUAUGGAGUUCACGGCGAGCUCCGAUAGAAGAAGAGACCACAGAGAAGUAUGGGCAAGGCUGGCACGGCAACAAAAUGAUUCGAUGAGGCUCUUAAUAAACCGCGGCCUGGACGUCAACUCUGUUGUGCACAGCGAUUCUCUUCUUGCCUGGGCCGCCUGCAGGAGCAAUGCCGAAAUGGUCGAACUACUCCUACAAAGGGGAGCCACCGUCGAUACUUUGAAUGAUGACGGUAUGACACCAUUGGCGCAAAUGUUUGAAAAUCGGGGUUUCGGUCUCGUGCGUUCCCCCUUUUUUAUAUCAUUCAAGCUGCUUGUCGAGGCUGGUGCUUGUAUCAACUCCUUUGGGGACAGUCCCAGCACGCCGCUCUGUGCUAGCGUUAGAUGUGAGAGUCGUGAACUCUUCAACUAUCUGCUUGAUAGUCUGAGGAGCGGUGCCAAUUUUGCGAAGAAUGACACCGCUCAGAAACAGUUCAAAACCAGCGGUGAAUACAUGCAAGCAGCGUUGGACGAUGGAGGCCAGGACGGAGAUACACCCCUAAUGGUAGCCGCCCGGCAUGGCAGCUAUAAUUUCGCCGACGGGCUCCUCGAGCUUGGUGCCGACCCAUGCGGUAGAGGCAGGUCGGGGCUGCGUCCUCUUCAUAUAGCAAAGGACGACGAGGGACGUGACGCCCUCAGCCACGCAAAUAAUGAGCGGUGGUUUGUCAGGCUGGUCAGGGUCGAGCGGGUUAAGAGGGUCGCGGCGGCGAACCAGGCAAAAAGCAGGUUUGCAGCCUGA